AUGGCUGGCGUGCUGAGAGUUCAGGAGCUCAAGGUGCCCCCAGAGUGCCUGGAAUCCCCUGCGCGUCUCGUUCCUCGAAUGUGGCUGCGUGCUCGGGGCGGCGGACUGGAGAACAGUCACAAAGCUUCUCGUAGCGAGGAGCUCGUCGAGAAUAUUCUGGCAAGUGUAUUCCCAAGAUGGACGACUCUUGGGUGCGCUGCCGUUUGGGGUGGUUGA